GUUUUGAUCAAGCCGGAUCGGGUAACGAACACGGCGAGGUAAGAAGCGGGAGAUAAUUCCACCACGGUCAGCUGAUCUUCUUCGGGCAUUACUAGUAGGCAUCGACGACUAUAUAGGUACAAGUCUUUGUAAGGAAAACCAUGCUCAUGAAAGUUUGAUAUUGCGAAUUGGACAGCAUCGAGGAGUUUAGAGAUAAUUUCACCCAGAACAGACGUUGAUUCACACAUUCUCAUAGCGCAGUUUACCAAGCCGUAUUGUCAGAUCCACCUACUUCCACGAUGGCCACCAAAUCCUCUAAAGAACGUUCAAAAUCUCAAGACAAAACGGGCGAGACCUCAGGCGAUGUACCAAGCACAUUCGUCGACACUCACGGCGUCAUAAUCUCGACCAUGAACGACCUCCCAGGCUAUCGCAUCGUCAAAGUCCUCGGAACAAUUUACGGUAUCACAGUCCGCGCUCGCAAUUGGGGAGCUGAUCUCGGAGCGUUCUUGAAGUCAGCUGUAGGUGGUGAGAUCCGGUUCUUCACGAAUUUGAUGUAUUCGUCGAGGAAUUCGGCAGUGGAGAGAUUGGUGGGGGAGUGUUUGCAGAGGGGUGGGAAUGCGAUUAUUGCGAUGAGGUUUGAUCAGGGAGAGGUAUGAAGUAUUUUUAGAGCCUGAAGCGAUUGUGCUGAUGUUGAAGUAUAGGUGAAUACCUAUGCGCAAGUCUGUGCUUAUGGAACAGCUGUGGUAGUGGAGAAGAUCGAGGAUCGUCCUGGAACUGGCA